AUGUGGGACACAUCACUUGGAGAUUUAAUUUUUUCCAAACAGUAUCUGCAGAUUACCACCACUGUGCCAUCCACCUCUGUUUAUGGAUUUGGUGAACAUGAACAUCCAUCCUUUAAGCACAAUAUGAAUUUUGUUAAUUAUGGGAUGUUUUCCAGAGACCAGCCACCAACGACAUUUGCCAAUCUUUAUGGAGUUCAUCCUUUUUAUAUGUGCAUAGAGAGUGACUCAAAUACUCAUGGUAUCCUCUUACUGAACUCCAAUGCACAAGAUAUUACUCUGAGUCCAAAUCCAUCCUUAACCUUCCGCACCAUCGGAGGGAUCCUCGACUUCUAUGUAUUUCUUGGCCCAACUUCUGAAAAUGUAGUACAGCAAUACACAGAGGCCAUUGGGCGCCCACAUUUUCCUUCCUAUUGGUCGCUGGGAUUUCAGCUGUCCCGUUAUGGGUAUGUCAGCCUCGAUGUGGUAAAGAAAACAGUUGAUCGCAUGCGGCAGUAUGGUAUUCCAUAUGAUGUCCAGUAUGGUGAUAUCGACUACAUGGAGCGUAAUUUGGACUUCACCUAUGAUAAAGAAAAUUAUGCAGGUCUGCCAGAGUACAUUCAACAGCUGAAAAAAGAUGGAAUGCACUAUGUCAUUAUUCUGGAUCCUUUCUUAAGCAAGGAUGAAGCACCAGGUACUUAUAGGCCCUAUGAACUUGGACAAGAAAUGGGAAUCUGGGUGAACAAUUCUGAUGGAGUAACUCUAGCUGUUGGCAAGGUGUGGCCCCCAGGAGAUUCCGUGUUUCCUGACUACACUAACCCCAGGACAGCUGACUGGUGGAUCCAGAUGUGUGUUGAGUUCAAAACUGUCCUUGACUAUGACGGACUCUGGAUUGAUAUGAAUGAACCAGCCAAUUUUGGAACUGGCCAGUACCCAGGCUGUGCUCUUAAUGACCUCAACUACCCUCCUUAUAUUCCUAGAAUUACAGAUUACUCUCUGGCUCAGAAGACGUUAUGUCCAGACUCAAAAACUUAUCUGGGGGAUCAUUAUAACACACAUUCUCUCUUUGGCUGGUCACAGACACCACCAACUUUCAUUGCUGUUCAGAAGGCCACCGGAAAGCGAGCAUUCGUUCUGAGUCGUUCUACAUUUGUCGGAAGUGGGAAAUAUGCAGGUCACUGGCUAGGUGACAACUAUUCACGCUGGAAAGAUAUGCACAUGUCAAUAAUUGGAAUGUUGGAAUUUAAUCUCUUUGGGAUUCCAUAUAUUGGUGCUGAUAUCUGUGGGUUUCUCCUUGGUACAACUUAUGAACUCUGCUUACGAUGGAUGCAACUUGGUUCAUUUUAUCCUUUCUCCAGAAAUCAUAACGGAGAGGGCCAGACGGAGCAAGACCCUGCAGUGUUUGGAGCAGAAUUUGCGGAGAUAUCUCGGUCUACAUUGCUGAUUAGAUACACGCUGUUGCCUUAUUUGUACACCUUAUUCUUUGAUUCUCAUGUCCAUGGAAACACAGUGGUACGAGGAUUAAUGCACGAAUUUACUUCUGAUCACCAGACUCAUGGAAUAGAUACAGCUUUCCUUUGGGGACCAGCUUUUAUGAUUGCUCCAGUUCUUCAAGAGAUGUUCCUGAAGGAUGCCAUCUAUAGCAAUAAAGGGAUUGUAGAUUUUGGAAGAAGGAAGAAGAAAAACCAUGAUAGAGAAACAGAUAUAGAAUGGCUGCCAACUUGUGGACAAAGCUGUUAA